AUGAAAUCGAUACAAGGCCUCGACAUAUAUCAGUUUCCAACUAGUAAUAAUAAAGUCAAAGCCUGCAUCAUUGCCAAGCCUAAGUGCGGAGCAUUGUUAGGAAUUACACAAUUUUCAUUCUCCAAUCUUUGCGUUGUACAAAUAACUGUAGGUAGUAAAAAACUAUAUAUAGCUUCCGCAUACAUUGAACCCAGAUGCGACGAAUUAGCAACACUUGAACGUGUCGAUGCAUUCUUAAAAGCUACUAGUGACUCUCACCGUAUCUUGUGCGGAGAUUUUAAUGGGUGGCAUCCCCUGUGGGGUAGCGCGACUUCGAAUCCAAGAGGGCGCGAUGUGGCAGAAAUCAUGUUUGGAAACGACAUGUAUAUCUGUAAUGCCGGCUCAACUCCAACUUUUGAGACAGUAACCCAUGGAAGAAAUCGUACAUCAAUUAUAGAUUUAAUCUUUGCAUCUGGAUCCAUAUACGAAAAUAUCAGCAGAUGUCAAGUCAAUCUUGAGGCUUGCCCUUUAUCACAACAUAAUGCAGUCGAAAUGGUAUUAAACCUUUACAAUACAAACUUAUCAAAUAAUAACACAUCCACCUAUCAAUACAAAAGUAAUAAAGCAAACUGGGCAGAGUUUAAAUCUGCCUUGGAUACCCAUUUGUGUAACAGCGGAUGCCUGGAUGUGAACAUCUCCACACUUGGUGCCAAUGAAUUAGAAGAUUUUAUAACAAAAACCACUGACAUCAUACACGAGGCAUGUCGAGCAUCUAUGCCUGUCAGAAAAAGCGGCGCCAAGUAUAAGCCAAUAUGGUGGACUGAAAAACUAGAAAAUUAUAAAAAGGAAGUAAUCAACCUUCAUCACAAGAUACACCAAGCUAAAAAAAGAGGUCUCCCUCUUGAUCAGUUGAUAAAAGAGAGACAGGAAAAGAAAAAGGAGUAUGCAGAAGAACUUCGGCGAACAUCAACCAAUAAUUUCAAGGAAUUUUGCCAACGCCAAGACAAAGAAAAUGUCUGGUCACUUACGAACCGACUGCUAAAAGAAACCAAACGAAGUCGUCCACCAAGUACUUUACAAAUUGGUAACACAUAUACCGAUAACGAAGAAGAAACUUCAAAAGCAUUACUCAAUCAAUUUUACCCUGAUGACACUCCUGAUUCCAUUCCCAGACACGAAGAGCUCAGAAAAGACUAUAACAUUUUUUCAAAUACAGAUAAUGACCUCCCAUUCAGUGAAGAAGAAAUACUUGAACACAUCCAAAGUAUGAACCCAAAGCGAGCACCAGGAGUUGAUAAUCUUACAGCCGACAUUUGCACACAGUUUGCUCUAGCUUACCCAAAGUUACUAACUAAUAUAAUGAAUCGAUGUCUCUCUCUUCAAUAUUUCCCACGGCAAUGGAAAAUAGCUUAUGUUAAAAUUAUUCCGAAGCCUAAUAAAAAUAAUCCUAACGACUUAAGCGCAUUUCGCCCAAUGGUCUUUGUAUUUGGAAAAUUAUUGGAAAAAAGUUUCAUAGCCAGGGUCAAAUAUCAGGCCACAAGAAAUGGCAAAAUGUGCGAGCGACAAUUCGGCUUUAAAGAGCAGACUAACACCACAGCAGCCAUAUCUUCAGCUAUAGAAAUUGUUAAAAAAGCCAAGCAAAAUAACCAACAAGUCGUAGCAGUUUCCCUGGACAUCAAAGCUGCGUUUGACAACGCUUGGUGGCCUGCCUUGUUUCAAAGACUUAGACAUAUCCAGUGUCCCCGCAACAUCUUUGGGUUGAUACAUGACUAUGUCAAAGACAGACAAGUCACACUGGAUUAUGCAGGGUAUCAGACCACCAAAACUAUGUCUAGAGGUUGUGUACAGGGAUCAACUUGCGGCCCAACUCUAUGGAAUAUAAUAUUGGAUGAAUUGUUAGAAAUUCAACUUCCACCCGGAUGUCAUAUCCAGGCUUUUGCCGAUGACUUUUUACUAAUCGUUCACGCACAAGAUGUUAAUAAAUUACAAUUAACCACUAACUCGGCAUUAAACAAAAUUCUCCAAUGGGGACAUAGUGUCAAACUAACUUUCAGCUGGGAAAAAACGCAAGCAAUUGCUUUUACCGCCCAAGCUAAAACAGCGAAACUCAAAAUGAACGACAAUACAUUGCCUAUAGUAAAUCAAAUAAAAUUACUCGGAGUAAUAAUGGACUCAAAGCUCACCUUUAAAAACCACAUUAAGUACGUUCUAGAUAAAGCCACCCGUAUUUUCCACAAAUUAUGUACAUAUUGCCGACCCACUUGGGGGAUUAAUCCCGAAAAUAUUAGUAUAAUCUACCAUCAAGUAAUAGAACUUACAAUAACCUACGAUGCUGGUGUUUGGGGUGAAGCCACUUCCAAAAAGUGUUGUAAGAAAUUGCUGGAACGAACUCAACGCCUGUUUGCCCUCAAAGCUAUACAAGCUUUUCGCACAGUAUCCACCGCAGCAGUAUUAGCUCUCACUCAAUUCACGCCACUUGAUCUCAAAAUAAAGGAAGUGCACCAGCUUGAAAACAUCCGAAGCUCUGGUAUAACCCAAUAUUUGCCUGAAGAUAUUACCCUGGAAAAGCCCACACCACCUCAAUACCUCAUACAUCCAGCUUGUAGAAUCAAAAUCUUUAAAAAUUUCUCACCAGGCAAUGAACCUCCUUAUAGUGACCCUAACCAAACGCUUACUAACAUUUAUACAGACGACGUCUUAGAAAGACGCGGUUUCUUGUACACGCUUAGUUGUGGUGAGCUCUACGAUUUGUGA